AUGACGACUGAGAUAGUGAUCGGCGGCAAACAGGUGUUGGCCGGUCCGCGGGUCAACCAUUCUUUUUUUUUCCUUCUUCUCCUUGGAAUCUCAGCCGCGUUUUUUUUUUCUUGAGGUUUCGCGCCCAGCACCUGUCCUGCUACCCUAAUGAGCCUCGGCCGAGAAUAUUGCUACGUAACAGGUUAAUGACAGGUUAAGGAAGAGAGAAAGGUAGUUUUUCUGCUUUCACAAGGUUAUGGGGCUCCUUAUGAGGUUCUGUAAGAUUCAGUUGUUUUUAGCCCUCCAAAACUUUAAAAUGGCCUUUUGUGUUCAAACCCUUAAAAAGGAGGUCCUGAGCACUUCAUUAAAACUUUGGAAAAUCAUACGGAAUCGUUGAAAAUUUAAAACUCGGCCAAAUUUUGUUGAAGAAGCUCAAAAUUCAACACGGCUUGACUACGGUAAGUUAUUAAAAAAAUUUUCCGAUUUCCAAAAAUUUUGCCUUGAAAGAGGCUGAUCAAAAUAGUUUCAGUUGGUUUGCCAUGGUAAUAAAAAUUCAGCGACUCAAAAACUCUCCAAUGUCAUGCUGAUUCCGAAGAAGCUAGGCUUCAGAUUUAUCUGAUUAAAGAAUUUCGGAGUAAGUAUGGCUAUACAGUGAAGAUCCGUCCGAAAUUUAUAAGUUCAAGAUUAACUUGACCAAGCUUCCAGAAGCCACUCUUCAUUGUGAUACAUUCAAAACCCAAACUACCAAAUUUAGUACGGCUAAGUAGCUCUGAUCAAUCAAAAAAAUCUAUGAAGCUCUCAAAAAACCUCAAGAAAUAGUCCGACUUUCAGAGAAUCUAAGCUUCUUCACUUCCUAUGCCUUUGAACCGCUUGAGCGGUGUCGGCGCCCCAAGUCGAUUAGCCGAAGUCUUAUCCUGAUAAUCAGUGGACCGGUUCGAGUAAAAUAUCCGUCCUUGUGUGUGAGGGCUACGUCGUGUUUCCCACUACCAACAUUUCUUGAACCCCUUGGUUGGGUCAAACUUGUGACCCUGAGGACCGUAGACAGGCACACAACCUGUUGAGCUACAGAGCGCCUGGAAUCUAAGCUUCGAGUGCAAGAAGCCAUUACUCAUUUCAUCAGGACCAUCCAAGUUGGUACGGGUAAACGGCUUAGAUCAGUUCAAAGAAGUUUAGAAGCUUUACCAACUGCCCAAUACUUCUAGAACUCUUAGGACUCAUGCCGAUUCAAGCUGAGAUAUUUCAGGUUGUUUCAGUAGCCCUCAUAACCUCAGACACACAUCACCGAGCUCGGUACGGCUAAAUGGUUCUGAUCAAGUCAAAUGAGUGCUCACUAACUUCCCAAAGCUUAAGGCUUUGAUAGAGUCAAGAUAAGAUACGCCAGUCAAACUUUCCGAAGCCAUGCCGAUCUCAUCCAAGAACUGCUACGAGAAUUCAUAACACCUAGACAACUCCGAUGAACUUCCAGAAACCUAUGUCCCUGGUUGAGAUACUCCAACAAAGAAGCCAAUCUUGCUCGCUCUUACAAGGAAAAGAUCGCCUUGGUAGCAGUAGCCGUCCGCGGAUAUUAUGCACGUGGCAACAGUGCCCCGGGGCAACAGCCUUUCCUCCUUACCUGUACAUUCCGGUGCAGGGCGGCGGUAGGUACAUCUUGCGUUACCACGGCAGAAGGAGAAAAAAGGCUGAAGAAGACGAGGAGAAGAGCCGGAAAGGAUCGAGUCGAAAUUCGGCUCUUUUCCAGGAGCGAAGGCGUGGCCCGGGGGCCAUUAGUCAUUCGGGACUGUGCCUCUUCGGCCGCCAUUGUCUCCGGCGACGUCUCGACGUUUCAGACUGAAACUCUCGGAAACAUUGCCGCCGUCAUGGCGACCCGGAGGCUUCCUCGAAAUGAGAUGCGCCCGUCGUUUUCCUAA